UCGGCUUUGAUUUUGAAAGGCAACAACAACAAUAAAAACCUAUUUUGUUUAUAAUUAAUUAAAAUAUAACUUACAGCAUUACGACAUAAUCUUACUGUGAUUGAUGUGCAGCUUUAAACAUGGAGCUCUGCGGGUUACAGUCCUCCAGUAACGGACACACACAUGUGCAGGAAUGGCAUCAUGAAACAUCUGCAGGAUUUUUACCCCCGAAACGCAAAAGAUCUGAUUUAACAAACAUGACUGGAGACAGAUGUGACGGUGCAUCUGCUUUUCCUGCUAAAGAAACAGCCAAAAACCACAGCCGUUUUGUGCGGAUCGACGGUCAGAGAGGUGUGUAUUACUCCGAGAGCUUUGAACCGAACGGAAGCACUCUGUACCUCCCUGUCUGCGGAACCGUGCUCGCCAACAUGCACAAAUACGAACAGAUCAGCUUCGAGCAAGGCUGCUUCUGCAUCGGCGACGAAACCGGAGGCUUCCGGCAAAGAGUGCAAGGUCAGGCUCUUCACUGCUGGAGAUACAGUAAAGACGUCAGGAAGCUCUUCAUCGCCCUGUCGUACUUCUUCACGAACUGUGACGUAUUUCAGGAGGUUCUGAGCUCUCUCGAGUGUUUGUAAAGAGGACACACACACACACACACACACACACACACACACACUGAACAUAUCUCCUAAUUGACUAUGUUUCAUUUUUGGCUGCUCUAAAUUGUUGAACAAAAUCACGUUUGUCGUUUAUCCGGUUUCUGAUCUUCUUUUUUUCUUUCUUUUUUUAACUAUAGACCAGUAUUUUAGAGAACUCCCUGUUGUUUAUGUGGAUUGUAGAAUAAAGUGCGUUUUCCUACAGAUUGAGUUAAAGCGCCUCACUUUCUGCAUGUGAACGUGAAGCCGGACCGCACAAUCUCUCGAAAUCCUCACAAGACGAUAAGUAUGCGGGGAGGUGGGGUGGGGGGGGGGGCAAAACUUUUGCAGUGGCCCUUUGUGACACUUUCCAUUGCAUCUUACCGUUAUAUAAAACUUUAAGACACAAAUUCUGCACAGUAUAUUCUGAUAGAAUUGUAAUUAAUCGUAUUUUUAUGUGUAUUAUCUGCAAAGUGAACCUUGUGAGAUUUUGGGGUCUGUAGUAUUGUUUAUAACGGGCCUCUGUGAUCAUCUGUUAUUUUAUUUUUUACCCUUUUUUUUAUUGUGUAUUUUUUUAAAAUAAAAUAAAGUGUAUUAACACAAAUGUAACGUCUCUGAAUCUAAUUCUUAUUAAAAACAACAACAACAAAAUUUAUAUAUAAAUAUUUUUGUUACUAAUUUGAUUCUGUUUAAUUUCUAUUCUGUUAUCCAAAUUUCACUAAUUACGGCAUGAAUGAUUGUUUGUAAACAGUCGUUUAUUUUCUGAGACGCUUAAACACACACUUCACACACUAGUCAUUAUGUACAGUACUAAAGCCAAAUAGUCAGGUUUCGCUUCCUGAAUAUGUUUUGACUUUUAUAUUAUAUAAAAUAUGCACAAUACACACUUCGCAAUUAAUUUAAUAAAUAAUCAUUUAAUAACGCUGGA